AUGCAGCAGCGAGUAGUCCCAACAACCCAGCCCGCCGGCGCGCGCACCCAAGCCCGCGCCGCCGGCCCCCGAAGCGGCCCCCCCUCCAUGGCAAACGCCUCCCAGAACCGCCGCUCAUACCCUCAGCCGCCGCCCGUCAACUCCCAACUGCCCCCCUACGCCGGCAACCCCGAAGACGAGUGGUCCCCGGCCUCCCGCGCCGCCGCCGCCGCCGCCGGAGGAGCAGGGGCAGGUGCAGGAGGCUACUCCCGCCGGCGCACAGAACGCCACGCGCGCCGCCAGUCCUCCACCUCCGGCGCGCCCACUGCCUCCGACCCCGCCCUCCAAAUGUCCGGCGGCGCCGCCUCCUCCUCUCCCCGAAUCAACAACAACGGCGACCACCACCCGCAGCGCGCGCCCUCCAACCCCGCCGGCCUGCGCCCGCCCUCCCCACCGACGGCCGGCAUGAACCUCGGCCUCGCCGGCGACGAGAUCUCGCGCCUGCAGAGCCCCUCCAUCUCCAAGAGCGUGCUGGAGCCGCUGCAGCGCAAGAUGCUCGAGUACCACAACCUUAUGGAGGAGGCGCAGGGCCAGAUGACGCAGCUCGACGCGGAGCUGCGCGCGCUGCAGGAGCGCCGGCGCCAGGCCGAGCAGCGGUUUGUCGACGCCAAGGGCAAGCACGACGAGUACGAGCGCCAGCACCUCGACGUCGAGAAGGCCCUGCGCGGGGACUACGCCAUGCCGAUCCCCCAACCGCAGCAGCAGCAGCAGCAGCAGCAGAUACACCCGCAGGCGUCUUCGCAGCAGCAGCACCAGAUGUACAACGACAGCCCGCCGCGGACGCUGGGGCGCCCGGCGUCGAGCAUCAUGAGCUACGACGAGAGGCCGAUGAGCGGGCGCAGCUCGAUGCAGGGGAAGAAGGGCAAGUUCCGGAUUAGUUUGUUCGGGAGGUAG